AUGUUCCGCUUGUAUCAAGCCAUUAAGAACAGUUUCUUAAAUAAAAAAGAAAGCUCGAGAGCAGUGAAGAUGAGUGUAUACAAGACAGUAUUCAUACCGACGUUGAUUUUUGGCUGUGAAAGUUGGGUAUUAACUAAAAGAUUGAAGAGUAAGAUCCAAAGAAUGGAGAUGUUAUAUCUACGAAGAGUACUUGGGGUAACAAGGAAAGACAGACUAAGGAACAGCUUUAUAAGAGAAGAACUGAAAGUAGAUUCGAUCCUGAAUAAAAUUGAGCAAGGUCAGCUUAGGUGGUAUGGACAUUUGAUCAGAAUGAACAACGAUAUACCAGCAAAAGGCGUGUGGGAAGCUAAAACGCAGGGAAAGAGACCAAGGGGAAGACCAACUAAAACAUGGAAUGACACAAUAGAGAAGAUAGUGCAUGAUAGAGGACUAACAUUAACAGAAGCCAAAAGUUUACCAAGAGACAAAAAUAAAUGGAAACAAUUUGUGUAUAGUGUAGCAAUUAAGGGAAUUUAUUUAAUUUAG